CCCUCAAAUUCAUUAUGCCUUUAAAACCCUUAUUUAUUUCCGCAUAACCUACAUACUCUCUCCGGGAGGCCAAAGCGCAAAAAACCCAACAUUUCGAUGCGGAAUAUUUCAUUUUAGACAACGAUUUCUCGUAAUCGUAAUUAGCCGUUUGGAAAAAAAUAUAUACAUAAAUCGUUGGGAAAGUAGAUUGUAAUUUAACGCUAUUAAAGAAAAAUGUCCGGAGAACGAAACCGCAGGUCGCUGGCUUUCCGAGGAGGUGGAUCAGCCCCGACCGGCUCCAGUGGUGUCCGAGGCAGCAACGGUAACAGCUGGGAGGCCCAGGCCUGGCAAGAUCGGCAUUUAAACGGGACCAGGCCGGAUCAAGAGGAGGACAGGGAUCUGGGGGCGAAAGGACCGUCGCUGGUAAAAGUGGAGGGCGGGGGGUCCGUCAGCGACAGCACAGAGCCGGAGGCAGAGGAGGAGGAAGAUCCGGAAGGGGGUCGAUGGACAGCCGGGAAAGACGUUGACAGCAUCGGCUGGACGGCCACUACAGUCGCGGGGGAGGAGGGCGAUAGCUGGACGGCCGGCAACGGCGUGAACAGCGAGGACGGCGCGGGCAGCGGCGCCACGGGAUCCGAGGACGACCGAGACCGAGGCGAAACAGGGAGCGGCGGGGAGCGGGAGGAGACGGGUGCCAGGAAAACCUGGGUAGAGAUGAGACCUCAGACGCUGCUUCAGAAACACUCGUUUUUCCAAGCCUCCUGGCUGCAGGAGUUUCCCUGGCUGAAAUUUAGCCGAGAGACGGGACUCAUGUCUUGCUCUUGGUGUCACAACAUUGCCACUUUCAACAGCGAUGAGCUGGUCAAAGGCAGCCGAAACUACAAGCGGGCCUUGCUUCUCAGACAUCACCUGUCCUCGGAGCACGGCAGGAACGACCCGACCAAACAGGAGACAGAGAGGCCAGAGGACAAUGAGGGCACAGAGGUCGAGGACUACAGGAACAGGCCAAAUGAGAACUCCUACUGCUACCAGCUGCUCCAGGAGCUGGACAAGCAGCGCAAGAGCGGCAUCCUCUGUGAUGUCAACAUCGUGGUGGGCGGCCAGGUGUUCAGGGCGCACAAGAACAUACUGGUUGCGGGCAGCCGCUACUUCAAGACCCUUUAUUGCCUGACCAAGAGUGAGAGCUGUGACCAAACCACCAUUACACACCUAGAUGUGGCGGCCGUGCAGGGUUUCUCCGUUAUCCUAGACUUCCUGUACUCUGGCAACCUGCUGCUGACCAGCCAGAAUGCCAUAGAGGUGAUGUCCGUGGCCAGCUACCUGCAGAUGACCGAAGUGGUGCAGUCGUGCCGCGCCUUCAUCAAAGAUGCCCUAAACAUCAGCAUCAAGCAGGAGGCUCCCGACUCCGUGGUGGUGGACUACAACAAGCGGAGGACUGUGCCAAAGGACAGCCAGGGUGCUGACAAGAAGCCCAGCAACUUCUGGGCCACUAGUAUCCUGUCCAAACUGUCCAUUAAGGCCAGCGGACAGGUGAAGGAGGAGCCCAGCGACGUGGCUGUGUCUGCGGGGGAGGGCUGCGCGUUGGGCAGCUCGGGCUGGGGAGGAGAUAACUCCUCCGAAUCCACACAGACGGAGCCCCAGGGCCCUGGGCCGGUGUUCGUCUGGAACGAACCAGCCCCGGGUGCUGGAGCUGCGGUGAAGAGGGAGGAACGGCCAGAGCCGGAGGAGCGACCAGAGCCAGGCAGUGGCAGACGGAAAAAGCAGAUCGCCAGACGCUUCGUCUAUAACAUCCCGCCCGAACCAGAAGAAGGCUUUGACGAGGGCAUGUUCAUUCAACCGUCCGCUUCCUUCACCCGAGAGGACUACUCCUAUCUCUCAGAGAAUGCAGCUGAAACGUCCGACACUGCUCUGAAUAAGCUAAAGUGUCCCCACUGUAACUACAUUGCCAAGCACCGGCGAACACUAAAGAGACAUCUGAUCAUUCACUCAGGUGUGCGCUCCUUCAGCUGCGACAUCUGUGGGAAGCUGUUCACCCGCCGAGAGCACGUCAAGAGACAUUCCCUGGUGCACAAGAAGGAUAAGAAGUACAAGUGCAUGGUCUGUAAGAAGAUUUUCAUGCUGGCGGCCAGUGUGGGGAUCCGGCAUGGUUCACGCCGCUACGGGGUGUGUGUGGACUGUGCUGAUUCCCACCAGGCCACGCAAGUGGGCAUGCAGGAGCUGGAGUUCGCCCGAGACGAAGACUUUGAGGAGACGGCUGAAGGAGACGAGGACAUGGCAGAGGAGGGUGACGGAGAGGAGCCCAACGAGAUUGACCAAUCCAACUGGGAUGGUGACACAGGUGCCACCCCCGAGGAGGACUAAGUUAAAUGCAACUUAAAACAACAAAAAAACACACAUAAAAAAUAGCUGGGAAACAAUCAACAACUCCAAAGUGCUACAAACCUUGUGGUUGCGCGGUAACGUACAUGUCAAAGAGAAAAUAAAAAGCUUUGGUAGAUAGGGACUCCGAGAUGUAAAGAUUAUUGUGUGUCUGAGAGUCUGGGCCUACCGCCUGAAAGAGAAAGAGAUGAUAUGAUUUAUGAAAAUCAGGUUUUUCAGUGAUGUAUUUUUUUUCCUUCCUUUUCUAGGGUAUGAUGGUGUACAGUGUUUUAAGUUACGAUAGGCCAAUCAUCUUAAAUAUUAAUUAUUUAAUUUAUGAAGAAAGAUAUUAUGGUCUUAUUAAAAUGAUAUAUAAUUUGUUUUUGUUGUUUCUUGUCUGAUGAGAGAAGUUCCGUUGUAGGCUGUGCUUCCUGUCGUGUCCGGACAUCCACAGCUUUAGAUGGCGAUUCUGAUUUUUGAAGACAGAGCAUUGUGGAGAUGUUGCCUACAGGAAGAUUUUAUUUCCUUUCGAAUUGUGUAGAUAUGUUGUCAUGAAAAUUUAUGAGCUAUAUUUCCUUUCCUUUAUCCCUGCACAAAUCUUGGAACCAAAAAAAUCUGUUUUGUGACUCUAAUUGACCACAGCCAUAUUUAUGAUUAAGUUAUAUUGGGGCUGUGCCAUUGUGCCAAGCAGAAUGCACACCAAGAUUUGGCAGGACACAAACUACUGAAAAUGCUGAGAGAAAACAUAAAGCAGAGAAAAACAGAAAGUUUUAAAAAGAGUUUUAAAAAAGAAAGUAUAAGGGGAAUAUAUUAUUGCUAGCUUUAUAUGAAUCACAGCAUCACAGUAACACUUUAUAGAGCAUUUUGACAUUCACUUAAAGCUUGAAUUUUGCCAAAUGAUGGAAACGUUUGGUGCUGUAACGCUUGUUUUUUUUUUUGUUUUGAAAUACUGGACCUACAAGCUGUAUAUGAUGUUAAUAAUCGUAAAGCUUACUCAACUCAGAUAUACUAAUCAGCUCUGUAUGUAACACUGUUGUGCUAAAGAGCCUAUCAGGUAUGCUUUGCCAUUGUUUUUUUAUUUAAUGCACAUACACACACAAACACAUACCAUUUUUAUUUUCUUUACUACCGGCAGACCAUGUAAAAAUGACCCAAAGUUUCGGACCUUCCUGAAUUGGUGUGAAGAGGUACUGAGCAUACUGAUAAUCACUUGAAUGGUGUGUGUAAGGUAAUGGUGAAGAAUGCUGAUUGAUUGGGCUGUUUGAGGUUCUGUUUUGUGAAAGACUCCAUUUUAGUGCAAAAAAAAAUACUAUUUAGAAUCAUUUUAUUUUGACUUUGUUGUUUUAUGUCUGCCAAGUUAAUAACACUUUGGUUAUGUUAAUGUAAAGUGGAGCUCUAUGGAGAAACAUAGACACGCACUUACUGCUUCUUAUUUCCCCAAAGCCGGUCUGGAUGGAAAUAAAAGAAAACUGUUUAGUCCAUGCGGAACCUUUUUCUUUUUUUUAAACAUUUCAUUAUUUAAUAUUUUAUAUAUAUAUAUUGACUCCAAAAUGCAAUCAAGACUGUUAAUUUCUAUUUGUCCUACCAAAAUUGUUGUUUAAUUAAUGUUGAAUUAAUGUAUGAGAAAGCCAGGUAACCUGUUUAGUGUAAAUCCUUGCUUGUGUAUGUAAUUGUCAGAUUUAAAUGUUUUUAUUCCAAAAUCAUUCACUUUACCCUAGAUGCAUAUAUUGUUUUAUUUGUCCUUUCUACAAUGUUUUUUUUUUUUCUUUUGUUAUUUCCUUACUAAAUUUUUAUAAGAAAUAUUGUGGGUUGAAACCUAGGAAGAGCAGUUUCUGUUCAUAUGCAGUGGAUAUAUUGAAGUGCUAUAAUGAGACAGAGUAUGUUUAUCUUUCCCUUUACUCCAGAUGAAAGUGUAUUUUAAGAGCUGUAUAGAAGAUAUUCAUCCUGUUUGUAUUAUUUACCUUCAGAUCACUGUGGGAGGGAUAUAUAGUAUAUAAAAUAUAUCUAUAUAUAUAUGAAUAGAUAUUUAAUUGUUAAUUGAAAUAAUGGAUCACGGCUGCAGUUAACUCCUUUCAAACCUUGGCCUGGCUUUUGUUGUCCUGUCCAUCCUCUUUUCUGUUCACACGUGUGCUUGUUCACCCAGACACGCUGUUGGUUCUUUCUGUUUCUCAUUUUCUCAUUUUGUCUGUGUAUCUGAUGAACUCGAGAUGACUCGCUCCUUACAUUUUAUGCUGUAUAUGGACAUAACCAACAA